AAUCAUGGUUGCUAAUUAUUUUAGUUCUUGUUCAACCAUUCCUGCUCUAGUCAUCAUCGUCUUCUUCUCUAUUUACCUUUCCACCUUUUCCCUAGUUGAAGCUGGUGAUAAUGGUGGUGGGUUCAGUGUCGAUAUUAUCCACCGGGAUUCGAUUCUCUCUCCCUCUUACGACCCAUCGGUGACUCAUUUCGAGCGUCUGCAGAAUGCGUUCCAUCGAUCAGUGUCCCGUGUCAACAAUUUCAUGCUGUCCUUAGUCUCACCAUCUCAAGUUUCAACUCUGAUUCUCCCAGCUAAUGAUGGUUCAUAUCUCAUGGAAAUAUCAUUUGGUACUCCACCAGUGAAGAACCUUGCAAUUGUUGAUACAGGUAGUGAUCUUAUAUGGAUACAAUGCAAGCAUUGCCAAAACUGUUACAAACAAAAAGCUCCUCUAUUUGAUCCUACCAAAUCAUCAACCUAUCAAGAUCUAUCAUGCAAUUCAAAACAAUGUAAUCUGAUAGGUGAAGGAUGUUCACCUAAAAGUAAUUCUUGUAAUUACACUUAUGGUUAUGUAGACAAAUCAUUCACUAAUGGUAUUCUUGCUACUGAGACAUUCACAUUGGGUUCCACUAGUGGCAGAUCAGUCCCCUUGCCAGAGAAAAUCUUUGGUUGUGGACACAACAACCAUGUCACCUUCAGUGAGGAAGAAUCUGGUCUAGUUGGCCUAGGAGGGGGUCCUCUAUCACUGAUUUCGCAACUGAAAUCAUCUAUUGGUGGAAAGUUCUCCUACUGCUUGGUCCCUUUAGGAAAGGGAAAUGUCACAAGCACAUUGAAUUUUGGUAGUCAAGCUGCUGUUUCUGGUGAUGAUGUGGUCUCGACUCCCUUGGUUUCAAUGGAUUUGGCUACUUUUUACUAUGUGACCCUUAAAGGAAUUAGUAUAGGAAACAAGAGAUUGGCAUACAAGAAUUUAUUGAAGCCUAAUGCUUCUGAUGAGGGAAACAUCAUCCUUGAUUCAGGUACAACAUUCACAUUUCUCCAAUCUGAUUUCUACUAUAAUCUCGAAUCGGAAGUGAAGAAAUCGAUUGAUGGUGAAAGUGUUUCGGACCCUUCAAGGACAUAUAGAUUAUGCUACAAAGCUGAUACUAAUGUCAAUGUUUCAAUGACUGCCCAUUUUUCUGGUGCUGAUGUGAAGUUGAAAGAGCUGAAUACUUUUGUUAGGAUAUCUGAAGAACUUGUAUGCUUUGCUUUUAUCCCUUUACCUUUAGGUUAUCCGAGUGUCUUUGGGAGCAUAGCUCAAAUGGAUUUCUUGGUUGGUUAUGAUCUUGAAGAAAGUAAGGUCUACUUCAAGCCAGUUGAUUGCUCCAUGCAUUAGCUUCGGGUAUUGAAAAUAUCAUAGAUAUGUGUCUGUAGAACUCUAUGUUUAUGAUGAUGUCA